AUGGACCACGGUAAACAGGUUGAUGUCAUCUAUACUGAUUACAGUAAAUGCUUUGACCGCAUAGACCACAGCAUUCUCCUUGGGAAGUUGUGGGCGGUGGGUAUACACGGCGACCUAUUUUGUUGGUUCAAAUCGUAUAUCGAAAAACGAUCGCAGGCUGUUGUUUUACAAGGUUUCGCAUCGAGGUGGAUUAAUAUAACGUCAGGAGUACCGCAAGGAUCCAUGCUAGGACCGUUACUGUUUAUUCUAUUUGUGAACGAUAUUCAAACUUGCUUCCUACAUUCUAAAAUAUUAUUAUACGCGGACGAUAUGAAAAUCUUAAAAUAUAUCUCUACUAAAGAAGACUCAUCUGACCUACAAGAGGAUUUAAAUAGAUUUGAAGCUUAUUGUCAAAUUAAUAAACUUGAUCUUAACGUAUCCAAAUGUUUUUCCAUGACAUACUAA